GAGUAAUAGUUUGUCAGGGGUUAAGAGCAAGAGAACGUGCAGUAUUUGAAGGGCACAUAGAUCUGGAUCCACUCAAAACUCCCCAACUCCCCACACUCUCCUCACUGCCACUCCGACCACUCUUUGUGUUUUCUUUUUCUUUUUUUAUAAAUUCAAGAAGAGAGAGAGAGAGAGAGAGGAGAGAGAGGGAGGGGUAAUAAAAGAGUCUAGGGAGGGAGAGAUAUCCAGCUUUGACUGUCCACUCUUUACUCAGAGCCCAAAAUACACAGUAGUAGCAGCUGCAACAAUUGAUGGUUCUUCAGCUGUAGUUCUGCUACCAUCUGCUACUUGGUAGCCUCGACAGGAGGCGGUGGUUUCGCUAUUAUAGUAAAAAAAAAAUCAAAGAUAGAAGAAAGGAACAACUGAAGCUAAAGGGGUCUUUUUUUUCUAAUAUGUGAUAUAUCUCUCAUUUUGGAUUAGAAGAGAAAAAGGGACACUAUUUGUGCUCACUCAUCAUAGAGAAAGUUUGGUAGGUAGGGUUUGUUUGUUGAGAAAGAAGUUUUACUUGUAAAGAGAGACCUUACUUACUAUAACCCUUAGCUCCUCACUCACUCUCAUAAAUCCAGAAACUUGUACUUAGCCACACAACAUUUGAAGAGUGGGGGUAGUUGGUGUGAAAAUCUACUCCCAACCCAUCAGCUAACCAUGGACGGUUACGAAGCAACACGAAUUGUUUUCUCAAGAAUCCAAAACUUAGACCCUGAAAAUGCCUCCAAAAUCAUGGGUCUACUUCUCAUUCAAGAUCAUGGCGAGAAAGAAAUGAUUAGAUUAGCUUUUGGCCCUGAAGCUCUUGUCCACUCACUCAUACUUAAAGCCAGGAAAGAACUUGGUCUUCCUUCUAACUCUCCAAACUCACCUUCAACUCCAUCUUCUCCAUCUCCUUUUAUACCCAACAAACCAGUUAACAUUUCUAGACAAAACUCUUCUUCUUCUCGUCUUCUAGCAAACACUCUCCCACCUCUCACCAUACCAAACCCUGCUUCUUCUUCUUCUUCAGGUGCUACCUCUUGUUGGAGUGCUUUACCUCAUGAUCUUCCCAACCCUGAUGACUUAAUUACUCCAAACACUAGUAGUAAAAUGAAUUCUUCAGCUUUACCUUUCUAUGCUAAUGGAGGAGGCUCCAACGAUAUCAUCGAUGAAAUUCAACUCCAUGACCACCUUUCGUUUCUCAAUGAUAACACACCAAAUCUUGGUAACAAAAACCAAGACUUGUUUUACCCACAACUUGACUUGUCAUCUAGCCCACCAAACGGUGACUCAAUGCUUUUCCCUUCUUACUGGGGAGGCAGCUCAGUUCAUAGAAGAAGCUGUUCAGUCAGUGAUGUGUUGGGGUCAGCUGAGGAUUUAAACUCAGGGUUUGGGUGGAGGCCAUGUUUGUAUUAUGCUAGAGGGUACUGCAAAAAUGGAAGUAGUUGCAGAUUUAUUCAUGGGGAUUCAGGUGCUAUGAUGAGUUCAGAUGGUGCGCCGUUAGUGGGUUCACCUAGCAAGAUUGAGACCAUGGACCAGUGCCAUGAGAUUCUUAGAUCUAAGUCUGCAGCUCAAGUUCAGCAACAAAGACUAGCUGCCGCUUCGCAGCUUAUGGGUGGUUCUUCUUCUUUUCCUUACUCCCCAAAAAGCGUGAACAUGUUUCUUCAGCCGCAACAAAAUGAUACCCAGAGGGCUGCGGCUGCUUUGAUGAUGAAUGAAGAUAUGCACAAAUUUGGCCGAUCUCGGCUCGAAAGGAACGAUUUUUCGAGGAACGAGUUUUCGAUAAACGGUGGUUCAAGUAUGGUGAAUCCAGCGUCAAGACAGAUCUACUUGACUUUUCCAGCUGAUAGCACAUUUAGAGAGGAAGAUGUCUCAAGUUACUUCAGCAAUUAUGGGCCGGUGCAAGAUGUGAGGAUUCCAUACCAGCAGAAGAGGAUGUUUGGAUUUGUUACUUUUGUUUUUCCGGAGACUGUGAAGAUUAUUCUUGCCAAGGGGAACCCUCAUUUUGUUUGUGAUGCACGGGUGCUUGUUAAGCCAUACAAGGAGAAAGGCAAAGUUCCAGACAAGUACAGGAAGCAACAGCAACAAGUUGAGAGAGGAGAGUUCUCUCCAUGUGGUACCCCAACUGGCCUUGAUUCAAGGGACCCUUUUGAUCUUGGGGCAAGAAUGUUCUACAAUAACACUCAGGACAUGCUAUGGAGGAGGAAAAUGGAAGAGCAAGCUGAUUUGCAGCAAGCUCUUGAGCUUCAAAGUAGAAGAUUAAUGGGCCUGCAACUUCUUGACGUUAAGAAUAAGCAUCACCAUCACAGGGCUCUUUCCACUGGCAGUCCUAUUCCAUCCCCAACUCAGUCUCCAAAUCUUUUCAAUCAAAAUCUUGUUUUCCCUCCAUUCCAGAGCAGCAGCUCAGAACUUCACCCAGAAAAUUGUUCAAGUCCUUUGCCAACUAUUUCUGUGAACCCUUUCUCUCAGAAGCAAGCAACAAAUGGUUCCAUUGGCAAAGAAACGGCCAGCAGUGAAGAGAACAGUAGUGGAAAGGAGAGCUCCAAUAGUGAAGAUGGUGAUGUGCUAGAAAGUUUGGAGCACAAUCUCCCUGAUAGUCCCUUUGCAUCUCCAACUAAAGGCUGUUCAGAGUACAUGUUAGCUUUCUCCAGUGUUGCCAAUGGAGCUGAAAAGGAUGAUUCAUCUGCUGCUAACAAUAAUUUGGUCACUUCAAACUUAAUUCCUGCUAAUGGUUCACUAGACAUGGCAUCUUUCAAAUCCUUUAACUGUCAAAUUCCCAGGUUUUCUUCUGGCCAUGGAGCUAUAGGCAUGUAUACUGGGACCGGCGGGCCGACUUGCCCGGUUGGAAUUUAGCUUCCUUUGCUUAGGAAGAUUCAGGAGUAGAACCAAACAACCUACUUACAUCAGAGAUCCGUAGAAAACCACCAUCGCCUCUAUAAACACAAAUCAUCGUCAUCAUCGUCAUCUCCAUCCGCCAUCCGUUGAUACAAUACUACUUACUACCAUACAAAAUGCAUACGUAAAAGGCUGUGAAGGAAGUGGGUCAGCCAUUCCUUUCUUUGUUGUAAUAUUUUUGUCUUUCAAUUCAGUAGUUGAAAAGUUGGACCACAGAUUAAAGAAAGAAAAAAAAAAAAGAAAGAAAGAACCGAAAGAAAAAAGAAAAGAUAGAAAAGAUCCCAUCACAGUCAAUCUGUAGUUGUAACUUCUGUGAACAGUAAUUUCUUCUUUUUUUUUUUUACCACUCCUGGUUUCCCUAGAAGGAACAGAGAAAAGAACCCUUUGUUUAGGUUUUUAGUUUGUUAGUCUGUGUUUUUAGGGGUAUAAUCAAAAUCUUUUGUACAGCAGAAGCCAGAAGCAGAGGCCAGCAGAAUCCAAAGGUAAAAGCACAGUAUAACUAGGAAGCCUGUUUUCUACCCAUAAAGGGUAAUAUUUUCUUUUCUGUUUUGUUGGCUUGGAUGGGAAAAAGAAAGGGAAGGUAAUUGUCCAUUUCAGUUUAUGUAUAAGAAAGAAGUAGAUCCACUAUUAUUAUUAUUAA